AUGCUUUCGUGGCUGCUGCUCUCGGGUGCAACAGCCGCCUCGCCCUUCCACUCCGCGCUGGAUCAACUGAGCCUGCACCAGUUUAGAGAGCUCGUUCUGCGCAUCGAGGCGCGCAGGGCGGGGCUUGUGCCCGAUGUGGGUGCCGAGGUCAUCAGAGCGGCUGGAGACGGGGCCGAGAGGCUGGGACGAGGGCUGGGCGAGCGAGCGCCUUUGCGAGCAGUGCCACUCUUUCGCAAACCAGCCUCCUCGAUCGGCCGGCUCGUAGUCGACCAGCAGGGCCUAGCCGUGCUGCGUGCGCAGAAGCAGCCGUUUGCAAUCAUCUCUGCUGUCGGCCCCACCCGGACGGGGAAGUCGUCAAUCCUCGGCCGCGCCUUCCUGCGCGGCGAGGAUGAGAACCUCUUCGAGAUUGGGAGCGGCGUCACCUCCUUCACUGGCGGUGUGUGGAUCACGUCGGAGCCAGUGCUCCUCCGCGGCAGCUCCGAGGCAACCGCAGUAGCAGAGAAGCCAGUGCGCGCCUUCCUCAUCGAUACCGAGGGCUUCAGCGGCGUGGGAAGCCUCACCUCGCGCACGUAUGAAGCGAACAUGUUUGGCAUCACCUACCUGCUCUCCUCAGGCGCAAACGCUACAGCACCAGCGCGUCUGCACGACCGCGCUGCGGGAGCAAGCCGAGGAGAAUCUUCGCUCGCUGGAGCGGUGGCGCAGCGGCUGAUCCCUCCGCCGCCGCCGAGGCCGGCGCUGACGGCGGAGGAGGCGAGGGCGCUGCGGGCGAGGCAGGAGGCCAAGGCGCGCGAGCGGCGGGAGCGCGACGCCGCGCGGAGGGAGGCCGCGGCCAAGGCGGGGAAGGCGGGGCAAGCGGCGCCCGCGACAGCGGCGGUGCAGCAGGGGGGGAGGGAGGAGUGCUUCACCGUGUACGACUAG